AUGGCGGCAGAUUUGGCAGUAAAGCUUGAGGCGGAGAAUCCCUGCUGUAAAGGGAAACAAAAUCUUGGUCUUCAGUGGAGGGAGAAAUACUUGAAUCUUGAAAAGAAGAGGUAUGCGCUGUGGCAAGCGGUGAACAUCCUUACACCACAAAUCGAUACAUUUCAAUCUGAGAAUGCCAUUCUCAAGAAAGCAUUUGAGGAGGAGCAGGCAAAAGCAGACAAUGAGAAAGAGGGGCGGCUAAAAGAGGAAAAAGAAAUCAAUCGGCUUGAGGAGCUUUUUGAGAAAGAGAAAAAAAGGGCAGAUACCGAAAGGAAGAAUGCUGAGGGGGAGAAAAAGAAAGCUGCAGAAAUGUUCAAAUCUUUAAAAGCCGAGAAGGAUGAAGAAAGAAGGAUUGCCAGAACUGGAGCAGAGAAGGCUGAGCAGUACAGGCUUCAGCUGGAGAUUUUGAAGAAAGAGGCUGAUGAAGCAAAGUCAAAGUUAGCCUCUGAAACAAUGAAGUUUGAACGAGCAAACAAAAGACUUGUAGAAGAAAGAAAGAAGGCUCUCAAAGAGAGAAAGCGGGCAGAUUUGGAGAGGGCCAAAGCAGAGGAGCGAAGGAAGCUUGCAGAAGCUAAUGGGAAGAAGGCUGUUGAAGAGAAAUGUAAUGUUGAUAACUUGUAUCGGCAGUUGGAAGAGAAUAGACAAAAGAACAGGCUUCACUGCGAGAUAUUAAACAGAGAAGUGGAUGAACACAAAUCGGUUUUGGAGCACUUGAAAGAGUCAAACAACAUGUUUGAGGUUGAAAACCAGAAGGCAAUCAAGGAGAAAAAACUUGCAGAUUCAGAGAUGGCAAAAGCAGAAGAGCAGAAAAAUCUUGCAGAUUUACAAGAAAACAAAAAAAAUGAACUUCAGCCCUCUAGAAAGUUGGUUGAGAGAUCUUCUGUAGCACCAGCUAAAACUGUCGCUUCUGAAAAUGCAAAUGUGAAGCUUUUGAAAAAAGAACUGAAGUUUGAGAAAAAGCAAGCAAAGCAUGCCAAAAGAGUGGCCAAGUUGGAAAAAAGCCGUAACUGCAUCCUUCAACAGGAACUUGGUCACUUGAAGCUGGAGUUUGAUCAAUUUGCAAAUCGCUUGGAUAUACUGAAUAAGUCAUUAGCACGUAGAGCUGAAGGUAUUGAUGACCCAGAAAAGAAUGUCUCAAUUGCAUAUAUGCAAAGGUUAAACAUGAUGAAGAAGCUCUGCAGUUUGGAACCAACUCGGGCACACCUUCAAAGUGAAAAUGAACUUGUGAGACCUAGUUGCAUGGAUAUGGAUGUCUCAUAUCCUCUCAGGCAAAGCCUCCAACAUCCUGCACAUUUGCUACCUAUACCUGGAGGAAAUUUUGAUGAGCCCAUUUCAGGUAUUAAUUCUAAAUUGGAGUCUCCGCUUGGAUGCUCUAACUGGAAAAUGUUACAGACUUCUGCAAUAAAUUCGAGUAUGGCAUCUUUUUCUGAUGGACAGUUAAUGGGCUCACAGGAGAAGGGUGCUCUUUCUGGUACUACAUCCACAAAAUUAGUUGAAGAGAACUUGAAUGCACAACCAACAAUAUCCAACUUGUCUGGCAAAGUUACUAAAUUGAGGUGCUGUGAAAAAUCUGCAGUGGUGGGUGAAAAUAAUGUCAAAAUUGCUGAUAGCGAUGAUGUUGGCAGAGGUUGUGAUCGUAGUAGGAAGAGAAAGUGGUUACCUGAUUCUGCUGAGCCCAUUGAAUAUUUGUAUUCCAAGGGUAAGAAGUUGUGUGUGCAGAUAGAAGAGAAUCUAUCUUUGUUGCAUGGUAUGUUAGACAGACGAAUAGGCAGUCCCUUGGAAGAAGUAAGAUGUCUGGCUCCUAAUCUGCAAUGCAUUCCACACGGUAUGCUUGAUGGGUUGCACAAAAAGAGCAAGGUAUCUCCUGAAGACGCACAUAAGAAGCAUUUUUGUGUCAGUGAUGAGCAAAAGAAGACAGAAAAAUCUGGAACCGAAGUCUUGGAGGAUUCAAGUGAUCUUGAAACUAUGGCAAGUUUUGAGGAUGUAGCUGAUGGUGACUACAAGAAACUGCUGGACUUGGAUGACGCUGCUGACGAGCAACAUUACAGGAUGGCAGCCGAAAGGCCUGUGUCACCAAGUCUACCUAUUAUUGACUUUGAUAACAGGCAAAUAUUUGAUGUGGAUUGUUCUGAAGCUUUAGUAGUGGAAUGGACCUAUAAAGAGGUAUCGACUGAGCACAGCUUUGAUGUUAUUGAUGUUGAAAUUGAGUCCAAUAAGCUAAAACAUACUGCUCUAGGAACUUCCUGUAAUCUGUCACUGCAUAAGAUUGUAGGCCCUGCUGAUUCCGUUGCUGUCAUUGGGAAUGGUUUCUGGACUGUAGAGGCAGGAAAUGCUAGUCCUCAGAAGGUCCAGGACUCAGGUCUGGUUGUGGGCAUUAGUAAUUUGCCUAGAUCAAGAGAAGAGGAAGUUAAUUUUCCAUUUGAAAGUGAAUUUGGAUCUGCAUGUGACACUGUUCCAAAAUACUGUGUCGUGUCUCCCAACAUGAGAGAUCGUAACGUCAUUUCUAGGAUAUUUAAAACUACCAAAACUUGUAUAGCUCGGUGCUGUUUGCUUUCUCAAACGGAGUGGGUGGUGCCAAAGAUUCUGCUUGCUCUUAUGAUGGAAGAAAAUCUUUUACUUGUGGAAAGGGUCUGCGUAUUUUUUACAUUGGUGCUGCUCAAUUUGUCCACCGCUGCUCCAAGGAAAGUUGGAAACUGCUUGAAUACGGAUUCCAUCCUCUGGUUGGAUUCUUUCUCUGGGCACAUACGUGCAGUGAUGUCUGAUGUGGAGACAAGAAGCAUGCUUGCAGAUUUUGAUUUCUUGGAUGAACUUCUUAGUCUCAUUGAGGAAUUCCUUAUAGACGGAAGAGUUCUGGCGUACACAAAUAUAUCAUCUAACACAUUUAUCGAAUGUGAUACAAGAAUUAACUUCCUCAUGGAUGGUGUGACUAUUAGUUUUUCAUAUAAAGUUUCUUCUGCUGAUCAGUUGGUGGCUGGGAGCAUUAUAUUAGCAUCAAUAUGUGCAGCAAUAGACCAGAUUGGUUUUAUAUGUGAGGCAUCCUACAACAUCUUUCGGAGGCAUGCUUGUGAUUCUUCAUUGGUGCUUAGCAUUCUUCAUGUUUUUGCUUAUCUGUGUGGACAAAAGCUUUUCAGUGCCACAAAGUAUGGUUUGAUGGUGACUGUCUUCAAAUCAAUAGUGAUGUUACUUGAGGGAGUAAAUUCUUCUGAUCCUGCUGCUUCUCGUUCUUUGUCUGUAAGCAAGGAUCAAUUUCUUUUCCAUCCAUGCACCAAAUGCCCAUUUUUGAAGGAUGCUGUUUCUAUAGAUACUGUGACAUCAUUUCUCUUGAAAUUCAUCUGGAAUAAUGCUGGGUUGGAAACAUCAAACUAUGAUGUGAUUAAAUCCUUUGAUAUGUUGAAUUCUGAAGUUCUGUAUAACAGUUUUAACUCUGAAGUAAGUUCAAGCCAUGAAGGGUUUUAUUGUGCCACCGAUGUGAAUUUUGGUACCCCCUGUUGCUUGGAAAAGUAUGAGAUGCCCACUACUCAAUCACACUCUGUUGCUUGUAUGCGUCUCUGUCACCUUACUGAUGUUCUAUCGUUGGUGGAGCUGGUUGCAUGCAACAUGAGAUGGGACUGGACAAGCAUCAAAAUGAUCCCUCAGCUGUUGAAAAUUUUGGAGUUGUGUGUUGGAGGACUUUGCUGCUGCUAUUGUUGUUCUCCUUGGACAACUUGGGAGGCUUGGAGUUGAUGCUGGUGGAUAUGAAGAUAAAGGAGUUGAAAAUUUGAGAUGUAAUUUAUAUACUUUUCUUAAUCGUUAUACUACCAUGAAAGCAGGUCUACACCUUCAAAUAGCCACUGCCACUGCUUUGCUUGGGCUUCUUCCUGAUGAUUUUGAUACACUCGUUCAGAGUAAUGUGAAGAUUCAGGUAACUGCAACUCCGUCUCUUCUUGCUGAUUCUAUGAGGAAGUGGUUUUCUUUGCUGAGCAAGGAGCAACGGGACUUGUCAGUACGGCUUUUACAACCGGCUGGUGCAAAACAAAAAUAGGAACAGAGAAUCUCUACAGAGUUGCGACUGGGUUUUACUACUAGGGUAUUCUUACCUGAGUUUGAAGUGGGAUAUUGUGCAAGUUCUUUUAUUCAAUUGGAAUUGAAGUAAGAAAUUUUAUCAUUCACCAUUGGGAGCUAGUGUAUCACCAGAAGAUGAAGAUGCUGGUACUGAUUUUGCAAAGGCAUUAUUUACUUGUUUGCUUAUUUGAUGGAGAAGUUUUUGAUUUUUUAGCCACCGUCUACAGUUGCAUUGUUUUGAUGGCAUUGAGAGCUAUCAUAUACGAAGAUUCUGGGACAGAUUAUGCGAGGCAGCAAGGGCAUUUUUAGUUACUUGUUUGCUCAUUUGCCGGAGAGUUUUUGAU